AUGACUAUCGUCUUUGCCCGCGGCACCACAGAGAGAGGCAACGUCGGCACCGUCGUGGGCCCCCCUCUACUCGAUGCCGUCAAGCAGCUGUCCAAUGGGCUCGACGUCAACAUGCAGGGAGUGGAUUAUCCUGCCGACGUACGGGGCUUCAUGCAAGGCGGUGACCCACAGGGCAGCGCAAGAAUGAUGGGCAAAACACCCAAAAACAGGGCGGGCAUCAUCAAGGCCCUCGCGGCAGACUGCCCCAACACGGGCAUCAUAAUUUCCGGCUACUCCCAGGGCGCGCAGCUGAUGCACAACGCGGCGGACCAGCUCGAUCCCGCCUCGGCCUCGCACAUCACAGCGGCCGUCGCGUUCGGCGACCCGUUGAACGGGCAGGGGGUGACCGGGGUAGACACGUCCCGGGUCCUUGUUAUAUGCCAUGACCGUGACAACAUCUGCGAAGGUGGCGCCCAGAUCCGCCAGGCACACCUCACCUAUGGACAGGAUGUAGGCAAGGCGGCCAGCUUCAUCAUGCAGGCGGCCGCCGCUGGGCAGGGUGCUGGCCAGGGCGGAGUGGAGGCCCCCGGCGCCGGUGCUGCUGCUGGCGCCAACUAA